GUAUAAUUUAGAGACAGCUAAGGUUGACGAUAGACUAACGAAUAUUAUUAAAUCGAUAGAGAUUUACAAAAGAAGAUGAAUAAAUCUAAGAAGCCUUUAUUAAAAUUCGAUUUAAAUAUGAAGCCUUUAUUAGUUGAAUAAAGAAAUCGAAUCGAUUGGGUAUUUAACUUGGACGAAUCGAGUCAUCCUGGGCUAGGGCUGUGUAGCGUUAAGAAUCGACGGAGGAAACGCGGGAAUCGUGAAUCGCGUGAAUCGCGGAGUCGCUGCGCGCGCGGGUUUCGGUGUAGGCCGCGCGAUGUAUGCGGCGCGCAGCAUCGCGGCGGAGCACAAAGACCUCAUCCACGACGUCUCCUACGACUUCCACGGCCAGCGCCUCGCCACCUGCUCCAGCGACCAGAGCGUCAAGGUGUGGGAUCGGAACGAGAGCGGAGAGUGGAAAUGCACGGCAAGCUGGAAGACGCACAGUGGCUCGGUGUGGCGCGUCACAUGGGCGCACCCCGAGUUUGGGCAGCUCCUCGCCUCGUGCUCGUUCGACCGCACGGCCGUCGUGUGGGAGGAGAUCGUCGGGGAGUCCAACGACCGGCAGCGCAGCCAGAGCCACUGGGUGAAGCGAACCACGCUGGUGGACAGCCGCACCUCAGUGACGGACGUCAAGUUCGCUCCGAAGCACCUAGGUCUGGUACUGGCCUCUUGCUCUGCGGACGGGUUGGUGCGCGUGUACGAGGCGCCCGACGUCAUGAACCUCAGCCAGUGGUCGUUGCAGCACGAGAUCUCCUGCAAGCUCAGCUGCAGCUGCAUCUCCUGGAACCCAUCCAGUUUCCGGGGACACCCGCCGAUGCUGGCGGUGGGCAGCGAUGACGGCUCCUCGUCGAGCGGAGGGAAGGUGCAGAUCUACGAGUACAGCGAGAACACGAGGCACUACAUGAAGGUGGAGACGUUGAUGAUGGUGACGGAGUCCGUGCACGAUCUGGCGUUCGCCCCCAACCUCGGCCGCUCGUACCACCUGCUCACGGUCGCGUCGCGAGACGUGCGCAUCUUCACACUCAAGCCACUACGGCGAGAGAGCAGCGCGGCGGGCGGCGUGAGCAAAUUCGAGAUUCGCUCGGCGGCGCAGUUUGAGGACCACAACUCGCAGGUUUGGCGCGUGAGCUGGAAUAUCACGGGCACCGUGCUGGCAUCCUCCGGCGACGACGGCUGCGUGCGGCUCUGGAAGGCCAACUACUUGGGCAACUGGAAGUGCAUCGCGGUGCUCAAGGGAGACGGGAGCCCCGUGCCCGGCGCCGCGGGCCUCACCGGCGGCGCUCAGCUGCCCGCCCUGGCGGGGGCCGGGUUCCCCGGGGGGGCGGCCGCGGGGACGCCGGGCGGUGGAGUCAACGGGGCGGCCGUCGUGAGCUAACAAGACCUCCUCCUGCCCGAGCCGUUUGCCCAACUACUCUGAGCGCCUGCGGGACCGAGCACCGCCCCUAACAAAACAACCGGAGCCCCCCCCCCCUCAACCCCAACACUGACCCUGCCCCCACGGAGGGAGCAGCUCUGUCUCAUAACCCCCCGCCCCUCCCUCAACCCCCCCCCCCCCCCACCCGGGCAACUCUGACUCAAUAAUUGACUCAUCCCAAGCACCGCUCUUGUCAAGGGGGCCGGAUAAAAUCCGUGGGAACAAACACGUAGCUGGCGUCUCACCCAGGAGUUAGGUGCACCGGUUUGCUCUCGGGGUGAACAAAAAACAUUUCACGGUGGUAGUCGAUCGGGCACGGGGAACCGUGGCAGUGUCCCCUUCCUUGGCCUCGGGAAGGCUCCUCGCUAGGCCUCUCCCCGGCCGCCCGCCAUCCCGCUGGCGCCGGUGGCUGAGCGGAGAGGGGACGGCAGCGGUUGAUGACCAGAGACUCCGUCCUCGUGUUGCGUACGCAACUCUACUCCUCCGCUCAGACCUCAUCUCUUGUAAAAACAUCAUCACUGUAAUCAUCGUCGUCAUCAUUAUCGUCGUAAUUUUUAAGUUGUCCGUUAAGGGAUGUUACGAUUGACUCGCACUAUCUUUCUUGAAUGUACUUAUUAAAGACAAAAUCAAAUAAAAGUUGCCAUUGUGCACCUUUAAAUUAUAUUCUGAAUGCGUAGUGUUUGCCGACACCACCGCACCCCCACACGUAGUGCGUCAAGCAUCACGCAGCGUGGGCCCGCGCGCCAUUCCCUGCAACAGUUUACAAGUCCAACGCUGCUGGGAAACGCGAGCCCUGGGGGGUGGAGGAGGAGGUCCUUGGACGAGGACUGUGGAGGAGGUUCUGGGACGAGGAGGAUGAUGUGGAGGAGGUUUUGAGCUGGGCAGGUUAGAGGGGAGGUUCCGGGCCGGGAGUGGAGGAGGUGCCGAGACUUGCCGUGUGGAUUUUACCCGGCCCCGUGUCCCCCAACGCUCGUGCUGCUGCUGACGUCACUGUGUCCACCCCCUGCCUGAGCUUGCCGUGCAUGCUUCCCGUGUGUGCGUGCGCGUGCCGCGUCGCGCCCGUGCGUCGCGCGUCGUCUGCCGCCUGUUGUCGUGCCGACGGGCGCUAACGC